AUGGCUUCUUCCAACAGACACUGGCCAAGCAUGUUCAAGUCCAAGCCCUGCAACCCUCAUCACCAAUGGCAGCAUGACAUCAACUCCUCUCUCAUGUCAAGAACCCCUUUUUCUUCAGGUUCAUAUUGUGAUGAGAGGAGUCCAGAGCCAAAACCGAGAUGGAACCCAAAGCCUGAGCAAAUACGCAUACUGGAAGCCAUUUUCAACUCUGGGAUGGUGAAUCCUCCAAGGGAGGAGAUAAGGAAGAUCCGGUUACAGUUGCAAGAGUAUGGGCAAGUGGGUGAUGCCAAUGUCUUCUACUGGUUCCAGAACCGUAAAUCAAGAAGCAAGCACAAGCUCCGCCACCUCCAAAACUCGAAGAACCCAAACUUAGAAGCACAGCAAAACGCUGCUUCUCUCCCUCAAAUCACAGCUCCUUCAUCCUCUUCUUCUUCCUCUGAGAAGUCCUCUUCCAAAGAAAUGAUAUACCCUACCAAGGGUUUCUCCAUUGGCUUCUCAAAUGUCAAUGAUGUGGUGCCUAAUUCACCCACCGCCUCUGUGAACCAGAAUUAUAUUCAGUCUCACCUUCACAAUGACACCAAUUUGCUACCACCAACACCUGAGCCUUUUUCUUUCCCUCUGCACCAUAAUGGUCAAGGAGCAAUGCUUAAUGCCAUGGCAACUACUCAAGGAUUUUGCUUUUCUGAGUUCAACAGCAUGAUUCAACCUCAAUAUCAACAAAAUUUUGGGCCUUGCACUAGUCUUUUGCUUAAUGAGAUGGUGAACCAUGGAAACACCUCAAAGAAAGACCAUGAUCAAGACAAGGCCAUGAAGAUAAUGCACCAACACCCACAGCUUGGUUUUUGUCUCACUUCAGCUCCAACUACCAGCGAUGUUCCUCCCAUCAGCAACAUACCCAUCAAUGCUAUUCCAUCUCCCAUCACUCAACUUCAGGGUACAGGUAGGUCAAAAUGUACAGUGUUCAUUAACGAUAUUGCAUUUGAGGUUGAGGUGGGACCCUUCAAUGUGCGUCAAGCCUUUGGGGAAGAAGCUGUGCUAAUCCAUUCUUCUGGCCAACCCGUUCUCACUGACGAUUGGGGCGUUACCCUCCAAUCACUCCAACAUGGAGCAUACUAUUAUCUGAUAUAA